GAACAGGUCCACUCUUGAUCCUGUGCUCUAGACCUGAGUUGGGUUACUGUGGAAAGGAGUCGCCUCUCUCUGGUGUCUGAACCAGCAACCCCCAUGGUGCAGCAGCCCUCCGUGCUCAUUAUAAUAAAAUCCAAGACCAUCAACUUCUUGGCACAGCCCCUGUGAGAAGUUGUACUUUCUGCGACACACCGACUGAACCGCUCCCAACCUUUCGAGAGACCCUUUAACAUUUCUUCCGAGACGUUUUGCUUUUCUUCCGAGACGCUUCAAUGGAUCACAAGCUGGAGGUUCUGGGGGUGGAGGACGAGGCCGGAAACCCCAUCAGUGCCCUCACCAUCCUGUCCCUGCUGGAGCGGGUGGCGGGCAUCAUCGACAACGUCCAGUCUGGCCAGCAGCGCAUGGAGGAACGCCAGUUGGACCUGGAGACCAACAUCAAGGCCAUCCAGGGCGACGUGCUGAAGCUGGCCAAGGAGCACGGCUCCACCAGCGGCACGGUGGAGAAGCUGCUGCAGAAGACACGCAAGGUCAGCGCCAACGUUAAGGAGGUGCGCACACGCGUGGAGAAGCAGAAUUCCCGCGUCAAGAAGGUAGAGGUCACACAGGAGGAACUCCUGACUCGCAACAAGUUCCGCGUCGUCAUCUAUCAGGGGCAGCAUGAGAUCCCCUCGGUAGCAGUGACAAAGACUCCCAAGGGAGCCAUUGGGAUGGAGGCCCUGGAGAUUGAACCGGACACCUACGACAUCCCCGCCGACAUCUCCUCGGAUGAGGAGUACAUGGUGGUGGAGGAGGCCGACUCGACAAGGGCUACACGCCUGAAAAAGUCCGGUAUGAAGGGCAUUGAGAGCAUCAAGGCUGCCUUCUCCAAGGAGGGCAUGACCAAGACCAAGGACAACCUGGGCACCAAAUUUCAUAACCUGGGCGAGAAGGUGGUGCCACCCGAAAAGAGGGAGAAAAUGCACCAGGCUGGCGAACGCCUCAAACAGUCCGGGGAGAGGCUGAAGGAGAACAUCGCCAAGAAGGCCCCUACCAAGGAGUCCUUCCGGAUCAAGCUAAAGAAGGAAAGGACUGUGGCGGAGGGCCAGGAGGGAGCCGAGGGUGCUGAGGAGGCAGAGGCGGUGACGCCAACCAAGGGAAGGAAAAGCCCAGGAGUCACCUACACCGAGGUGGUGACAGAAACCAAGAGGGAAGGCCCUGUGGAGGAGCCUGCCGCUAUCCGGAUAGGAGAGGAAGGAAAUUUCAGUGUGGAGGCAGUUGAUGAGGGGAAGGAGGAUGAGUAUGAGAGGAAGUAGAAGUCUGCCUGGGAUGUGGCUCCAACACACUCAAGUCACUCAACAUAAAGGUGGAAAUAAAAGUUGAGCUUGCAGUGAAUUGCAAGUCAGAGGGUCUGCGAUCAAAGACAGACAUUUCACUUCAUAACUAUUUGAAACAAAAAGGUGCUUGGAUAUAGAUUUUGAGCAUCCUUUGAAGGGGCUAUCCUUUUUGUAACUUGGUCAGUGAAUAUAACUGGUACAGUAGUUAAAGAUAGUAUUAUUAGUGAGCUUUUACAUGUAUCUUAUUAUUUACAUUAUGGGUCACAUGAAGACUUUCAAAAACAGUUUUUUUCAUGGAAUAAAUUA